AUCCAUGGCUACAAAUCCUCUAUGGAUGCAAAACCUGACAAUUCAUGGCCGAAAACAGAUACCCAAACCAACAACUCUAUGUAUUAACAACCAGUAGAUCUUAAAUUCCACAGGUACACUACUUGCUUGGUCCUGCACUAUAAAAUUCCAAGAAAUGGUCCUCUCUACUUCCACGACUGCGUUUGCUUCCAAACUCUGGUUCUCUGCCAUUAUCUCUCACAAAAAUGAUGUCAACUCCUGCUAUUCUCCACAAACCCACUUUCAAAUCCUUUCUUUUUAGUCCUUUUAAGCUUAAUCAAGCGAAACCCAUCUCGUUCCAUCGGUUUCCUGCUUCAAAAUCUGAUUUUUUUAGUUCAAAGAAUAAAGCUUUGUCAAAGAACAUGACUGAAUUGGUCAGAAUGUCUGCCUUUGGAGGUGGAAAUGGUAGUGACAGUGAAGAAAGUACAGGGUUGUUUCAGCAAGAAGCUGUUAUUGAUGGGCUUAACGAGUUUCAAAGUGGGCUGUUGGCUGAUGGACUUGAAGCCACUCUCAACCGCCUGAGCAAAUGGCUUGUAGCUGCUCUAUUCGGUGCAGUCAUUCUUUGGAGGCAUGAUGCAGAAGCCAUGUGGGCUGUUUUGGGGUCAAUUGUAAACUCAAUCCUCUCUGUAAUCCUUAAACGAACAUUCAACCAAGAGAGACCCGAUUCCACAUUGAGGUCUGACCCUGGGAUGCCAUCUUCACAUGGACAAUCCAUCUUCUUCACUGUGGUGUUUGCUAUUCUGUCAGUUGUGGAAUGGCUAGGAGUGAAUGGAUUUUCAUUGAUCCUCGGUGCACUUAUCCUGGCAUUUGGCACAUAUCUUACAUGGUUGCGGGUCUCACAAGGACUUCAUACAGCCAGCCAAGUUGCGGCGGGUGCUGCUGUAGGAUUCAUUUUCUCCAUUUUUUGGUUCUGGUCAUGGGAUGCAUUUGUGCUUAAGGCAUUUAUUUCCUCUCUUUCGGUUCGCAUAAUUGUUAUUAUGGCAGCUGCUGCAUCCUGCCUGGGUUUUCUUGUAUAUGUUAUCCGUUAUUGGUUCAGAGAUGAAUGAUGACUUUUUAAAUAGUUGAAUAUGAUUACACAAUUUACAAGCAA